GCGCGUGCGGGGCGGUCCCGGCCUCUGUCCGCUCCGGGUCAGACCUGGCGCCAUCCGCGUCCGCACCUGACUCGGCUGGGCGCCCCGGAGCGGUGGAGUGUCUACGGGCUCCCGCGCCCGUGCGUCAGGGAGCGCGCGGGGGACAUGGCGAGCGCGGGGCCGGGGCAGCCAUGGCUGGGAGUGGACCCUGGGUGCGGGGGGAUUUGUGAACCCCAUCCCGGCUCUGCGUUCCUGCGCCUGUGCGCCCCGCGGGACCGGCCGGGUCUCUGCGCUGGGACAGAAGGCGGGGUCCUCCCCGCUGCCUUCCCCUGAGGGCAUUUUUAAAGAUGUUAUUUGAAAAUGAGCUUAGGAAAGAGGAAACUCGAUGGGAUGGUGCUCGGAGUCCCUCCCUCUCGUCAGAGUGCUGUAGGCAUUUGGGGGGCGCAUGGUGGAGACUACUUCUGCCAUGAGCAGCGUUGCCCUGGCCUCGAGCACUAAAUGCCGGAUACCCCAGCUGCUUGUGACAACCACAAAACGCCCCCACAAAUCACCAGACAUUGGCUGUUCUCCCCGAAGCAAAGGCAUGAGAGCGUCCUUUUUAAUCUGGCUGCCCUUGUGAGCCUCAGAGGUUCCUGAGCUGUACACCGGGACGAUUGUGAGAAUUAGAAAUACAUGAGCCGAUACAUAGUAUGUGCUUAACAAAUGGUUACUUAUAUAUGUAACCAUGUAUGUAACUAUGUGUGUAUAUUAAGUACAUUUACCUAGGAUGUACAUUUAAAAAUUCAUUCUGUUUGCUAAAGGCUUAAUAACAGGUGUAAGGGAUAACUUUAAUUUUUUUUUCAUAACUAAUGGGGGCAAUUCCUCAUGAGGUCAUUGGGAUGUAAACGCUAUUAAACAAUUUUAAUACUCUAUAAAGUAAUUUAAUUCUAAAUAGCCGAGACAUUUUUCUUACCACGCUACCUGGGAGCAUAGUAUUACUAAAACAAGAUUUAAAUAUUGUAUAAAAUCUGUAGUUUUCCCAAAAUGUCAUUUCUCUUAAGUAUUAUCUAAAGUGCUAUCUUAAUUUAGGAAACAAAUUGGAAUAAGUUUACAGUCUCAUUCCUGGUGAAGACCUAGUUCUUUCCAGAGACAGUUCCACUUCAGAAGCACUUUACUUAAAAGGACUUGCCAGGCCGGACAAUGCCCAUUGACCUGGGGCAGGCCCUAGGCCUGCUGCCAUCACUGACGAAGGCCGAGGACUCCCAGUUCUCUGGAUCAGAUGCUGCCCUUCAAGAGGAACUCUCCAGCCCUGAGACUGCACGCCAGCUUUUCAGGCAGUUCCGUUACCAGGUGAUGUCUGGGCCUCAUGAGACCUUGAAGCAACUUCGGAAGCUCUGUUUCCAGUGGCUACAGCCAGAGGUUCACACCAAAGAGCAGAUCCUGGAGCUCCUCAUGUUGGAGCAGUUUCUGACCAUCCUGCCUGGGGAGAUCCAGAUGUGGGUGCGGAAACAGUGUCCGGGAAGUGGAGAAGAGGCAGUGACGCUUGUGGAGAGUUUGAAGGGGGACCCCCAGAGACUGUGGCAAUGGAUCAGUAUCCAGGUCCUAGGACAGGACAUCUUAUCAGAGAAGAUGGAAUCUCAAAGCAGCCAAGUGGGGGAAGUGGAGCCCCAUCUUGAAGUGGUACCUCAGGAGUUGGGACUUGAGAAUUCAUCCUCGGGGCCUGGGGAGCUUCUGAGCCACAUUGUGAAAGAGGAAUCUGAUGCAGAAGCAGAAUUAGCCCUGGCUGCCUCCCAGCCUGCCGGAUUGGCGGAAAGGCUGAUCAGAGACCAGGACCUCGGAACCUCACUGCUCCCAGCAGCACCUCAGGAACAGUGGAGACACCUGGAUUCUACUCAAAAGGAGCAAUACUGGGAUCUCAUGCUGGAGACCUAUGGGAAAAUGGUCUCAGGAGCAGGCAUUUCCCAUUCCAAACCUGACCUGACUAAUUCAAUAGAAUAUGGGGAAGAGCUGGCAGGACUGUACCUUCAUGUCAAUGAGAAGAUCCCAAGACCCAGCUGCAUAGGAGAUAGACAAGAGAAUGACAAGGAGAACCUAAACUUGGAAAAUCACAGAGACCAGGAGCUUCUGCAUGCUUCCUGUCAAGCCUCAGGAGAGGUACCUUCUCAGGUUUCCUUGAGGGGCUUCUUUAGUGAGGAUGAGCCAGGAUGCUUUGAAGAAGGAGAGAAUCUCCCUGAGGCUCUGCAAAACAUUCAGGAUGAGGGAACAGGGGAACAACUCCCUCAAGAAAGGAUUUCUGAGAAACCACUCGGUCAGCAUUUGCCUAAUCCUCAUUCAGGAGAAGUGUCCACUAUGUGGCUUGAGGAGAAGAGAGAGACCUCCCAGAGGGGGCAGCCAAGAGCCCCCAUGGCCCAGAAGCUCCCCACCUGUAGGGAAUGUGGGAAGACCUUUUAUAGGAAUUCUCAGCUUGUUUUUCACCAAAGAACUCACACUGGAGAGACAUACUUUCAGUGCACCAUCUGCAAAAAAGCCUUUCUGCGAAGUUCAGACUUUGUGAAGCAUCAGAGAACUCACACAGGAGAGAAGCCCUGUAAAUGUGAUUACUGUGGGAAAGGCUUUAGUGACUUCUCAGGAUUGCGCCACCAUGAGAAGAUCCACACAGGAGAGAAACCCUAUAAAUGUCCCAUCUGUGAGAAAAGUUUCAUUCAAAGAUCAAACUUUAAUAGACAUCAGAGGGUUCACACAGGAGAGAAACCUUAUAAGUGUUCCCAUUGUGGGAAAAGUUUCAGCUGGAGCUCGAGUCUUGACAAACAUCAAAGAUCCCACCUAGGAAAGAAGCCCUUUCAAUAGCCGGUCACCACACACUGUCUGCCCAUUUCCAUCUCCCAGCCCAUUAAAAAAAAACUCAGCUCCGUCAAGAAGAAUUAUGUCUCUAAGAGGAUACCCCUGAUGGCUCCUUUUUUCAUGGAUUGGAAAGAAUCUGGACAUGGCUUUGGACUUGGAGGAUAUCUUGGAUUGGAUUUCAUAAUGGCUUAAAUUCUUGAUUCUGCCUCAGGACAAAGAAUACUCUUUGUGUUUCCACUCAUCCUUCCUUUGGACUUAUUGGGGAAAAAGUCUAAAUUGGAGAUCCAGUUUUAGAAGUGCUUUCUGGGAGGCAUUUAAUGGGAUUAGCUGUAAUCACUGCUUAGGGGAAGAACCUGAGAUCAGCCCCUUAAAGUGGGUUCUAGAGCAAGUCUUCUGUUCCAGGAGAGAAGGGGAGACACAUAGAGGAGCGGUGAGCUCACGUGUGCUCUUUGUGAUGGGAUGAAAAACUAACUUCAAGUGUUCCUUGUUUGAAAUAAACUUAGCAGAGUCUCUUCCUAUCUU